GGAAGUGAAGGAGGUUGGCCGUUCGGAUGCGCGAGCCGAGCCGUUAGUUGAGUCAGCGCUCGCGCUGUGAACGCGCAGCGCGUUGCCGAGAGCCCAGAGGGCCGCUGCCGGGAGAGAGAAAGAGAGAGAAAGAAAGAAAGAGAAAGAAAUAUUGCCGUCUAAAAAGACGUGCGGCGCUGCAGUCUGCGCUAUGGCGGUAUCCAUCGGGCCCUGAACACCUCUUUCACGACCCCACCCCCGGACCCCGUUUGUUCGGUGCAGCUGGCGGCGAUGCUUCGGUGCCAUCGGUUCCUUUCCGGGGCCACCCCGCGACGCGCUGCCCGGCUGCCCUAGGGCUUUGCCUCGGCCGCUCAGCCGGACCGUAACGCAGGUGGAAACAUCUGAAGUCUUUUCUGCAGUUUCUUCAGGAUAAUCUAACUAAUUCAGCUAUUAGAAGAUAGUCACGAAAUUCGGCUAGUAUCAUGGCUUCAAAUGAACACAACGUGCCUGCAAUCGAACAUUCCUCGGGCUUACUAGAAAAGAUGUCCUUACCGAUCGGUAUGCAUCGCAGGGCAUUCAGUUACGACGAUGCCUUGGAAGAUUUCUCGCCAAUGACUCCUCCACCGUCUGAUAUGGGAAGCAGUAUUUUGUGGAAGCAACCCGUUAUCACUGAGCGGAAGUACCAACAAUUGUCUAUGGUGGAAGAUGGAGAAAAUGGUGUUCCACCUUCAUUAGUUGCUCCUUCAUUUGGUCAAAAUCUAAACAAAGUCCAUGUGGUAAAAGCUAAAGCAACAUCUGUCAUUAUGAAGUCACUUAUGACACAGCAGACGCAGGAAAGUAUACAACGAUUUGAGAAGCAGGCGGGCCUGACAGAUGCUGGUUACCAACCACACAAAGGCCUAGUUGCAGAAGAGGCCAGUUAUCACCGUGUAGGAGAGGCAUUACAGAAAUUCAAAGCACAGAGUGUGGAUCUAGGUAAAGAAGAUAAGCAGAUAUCCUCCACUCAAUCGACUCCGUGCGGAUCACCACAGUCCUCACCAAUGCCAAGCCGCAGGUCUUUCUUUGGCCAGGGGGCAUCUUCUGAUUUGAGCGGUAGAAGUAUGGAAGGAGAAUCCACCACAUUGGUUAGUGAAACAACUGCCACUGAGAAAUGGAAACCGUUUAUGCAUUCGCACACUUACAGAGGAAUCGAAUCAGGUAGUUUUGCCAUUCAGAAAUAUAAAGGCAUGCAAAAACCCUCGCCAAUGGACAUCAUGCGUACUCAGGGGACUGUUGCAAAAAUUGCAGAAGGUCAUGCAAACUUGAAUGCCCCCAAAAUGGAGCUAACUAUUCCAGACAGGCAAAAACGGACAGUUCGUAGUCAUCGUGUAGAGCCCAGAGAUUUAAAUGCUUUUGCUCCUACAGGAUUUUAAAAUGAACUGCAGUUAAGGAGCACCAAAUAUGUGUGCCCUCUACUCAAAUGAAUUAUGACGUUAACUUGCUGCUCAUCUAAUGAAAUUUCAUUUUGUUGUAUCUGACUACACCUACACAGAAAUUUUAUUUUAAACUGGGAAAAGUGAGAUCUGGGAAAAAAAAAAAGAAUUUUGAUUCUGUUGUAGAAUUAAAAUCUUUGUCCAGUUCCAUUCAAAAAGAGCACCUAAGUUAAUGGACGAAAAGUGCAAUACAUUGUUGUUUUUGCUUUCCUAAUUUACCAGCUUGUGAUUUUAAAAAAAAGGUGUUACAGAAUAAUGCACUUCAGUUGUGUGAGGUAAAGAGAGAGAGAGAGAGACUAAUAGGAUAAAAGUGUUACACGUAAGUUGUCUGUGCUUGUCUGUAUCUAAUGUUAAAUAAACAUGAACACAAUUUUGUGACUUAAUCAUAGUAUUUUUUCUAUUUUCUUUCUGAAUCAGUAAUUUUGUAUUUAUUAAUUGUAUUUAUAAUGGAUGUUUAAAAUGAUUACUGACCAACGUGCACCAUGGUCAGUUUUUUUAAGGCCUUCUUAAGCAUUUUAAAAUAGAACAAUACAACUUAGUACAAGUCUUGAAUGCAAUUUGUUUUUAAGUAAUGUUUUUGAGCUAUGAAAAUUUGUACUACAAACUAAUUUUUUUCAGUGUCGUGAUUUUUUUAAAAAAAAAGGUUCCUUAAACAUUACGUAAUCAAACCAUAUUUUUCAUGAAACUAAUAUGCUCCUUAGUGGUUAAUCACAGAAUAACGUAUGAUCUUUUAAUAACAUUAGUUGGUACCAAGAAGAAAUGACUAUUGAACAAUAGGAACCUCUAAAACAAUCAUAAAAGAUGAAUUGUGUUUCUUGGGAUAAGUGGACUGCCAUCAGUAUUAAAAUUAACCAUGCCAA